AUGAAUUUUUUGUGUACAUAUUUUUAUAUUUUAAUUUUUAUUUAUUUAUUAAGUAAAAAAAAUCAGUUGGUCUCACGUUCAUUAAAUAGCAAUAUAGGGAAGGGCGUAAAGGACUAUUCCGUACCAAUAACCAACAAUUAUUUUUCAAAAUGGCGUUUUCAAGGGGAGCAUUUGGACAGAACACAAGGAAAAAAAAAUAUAUGCAUUCUUUAUAAUUUAUACAAUAUAAAUGUAAGGAGAAAAAAAAGAAUAAAGAUAAAAAAUACAGAAAAUGUAAAAAUUCCAGAAAAGAUAAAAAAUACAGAAAAUGUAAAAAUUCCAGAAAAGAUAAAAAAUACAAAAAAGGUAAAAAUUCCAGAAAAGAUAAAAAAUCCAAAAAAGGUAAAAAAUUAUUUCUCAUUACACAAAUAUUUAAUUGAGGAAAAGCAAAGGAAAAAAAAUGAAAAUAUCGUUGGCUGUGUAACGAGGAAAAACAAUCUUUUAACCCCUGGUUUUGAUAAGAAUCAGAUGAAAUGCCAUGAGAAUAUUUUAAAUAGCGCUAAUGAAAAAAGAAGCGUAGACAAAAGUAGGGAUAAGAGUAAAGAGAAAUAUUCGGCCGAUAAUGACGUUCAAGUGUAUGGAAGUCCUUUCGAACGCUCAGAAAAAAAAAAAGAUUUUAAAAAGGAGGGAAAUGAACAAAUAUAUAAAAAGGAACAAUUAUGUGAGGACUGCGGAAAUGAAGAAAAUAGCGAUAGGGAAGAGAAUUAUGAUUGGGAAGAAAAUCCAUAUGAUGAAAAUAAUUUCCUUGGUGAAAAAAAUCGUGAGGGUGAAAGGAGCACCAGCAAUGAAUGGAAAAAUCGAAGUGAUGAAAUAAAUGUAAACAUUUUGGAGGACGAGAAAAAGUAUAGCAGACAAAUGUACACACAUGGAUAUAAAGAGGAAAAAGAAAUUAAAAAAAGCAAAAUAUUAAUUAUCGGUUUAAAUGGAACAAGCAGCGAAAUAUGUAAAAAUUUAAUUUUGUGUGGAGUUAAAGAAAUUGGUAUAUAUGACAAUCAUAUUUUAACCAACAACGACGUGGACAAUCUCUUUUUUUGUGAUAAAAAACUAAUAAAUAAGGAAAAAAGAAGUAUUUCCUGUGUUCAAAAUAUGCAAAAUUUAAACGAUAAUUGUAAAAUAAAAGCUAUUACAACUAAUAUAUUUAAUAGUAUAACUGAUUAUGACAUAAUUGUAUCUGUAAAUCAGAGGGAACUAUUUAAUAUAAACAUAAAUAAUCUGUGCAGACAAGAAAAAAAAAAGUUUAUAUGUGUUAACACGGUUGGACUGUUUGGUCGAGUUUUUGUCGACUUUGGUCAUUUUACCUUUACGAAUGUAAUGAAUAGUGAGCAGUAUAAAAUAAGCAAUAUAGCAUUUCAAGAGGAUAAUUUAAUUUUGCAUUACUUGCCAUACUACAACGAUAUACAGAUAAAUGACAAGGAUAGGAUUAAAUUGUGUAUAAAAAAUGCGAAUAAAAUGAUGAAUAUCGAAUGUGAAGUCAAAAAUGUAUGUAGGGGGAAUAAUACCAUUACAGUAUCUGUUAUAGGAGUAAAUUUUUGGCAUUUUGCAAGUUAUGCAUUAUGUAAGAAAAUUUUGAAAUAUUUAGAAAAAAUAUUCUUCCCUUAUUACAUUCAUUUUGUUACAAAAUUGAGGAAGAAAUUAGCAGAAAUAUAUAUACAAAAUUUGAGAGACAUGAUUAAAAAAAAUAAAUUAAAUCAGGUGAGUGUUGAAAAAAUGCAUGAACAGACAAAGUUGAAUUAUACUUGUUUGGAGGAAUAUUUAAAAAAAUUAAAAAAAAAAUUAAGUAGGGGGAAAAUAUUAUCAUACGUUUUAGAUUUCCUUUCAAUGAGUGGGAACACGAACGAAUUGUCCGAUGAAGAAGUAUGUUUUUUAUGUUAUGACGAAAUAUGGAAAAGUAAAAAUGAGGAUGAGAAAAUUUUUCCAACAGAUGAAAUUGUUAAAAAGUUUAAAAUUUUAUGUAAAAAAAAAAAAAAAAAUAUGAAUGUUCAGAUAAUUAAUCAAUUUUUGUCCGCUGUACACAUUGAACUUGCUCCAUUUUCUUCUUUUUUUGGCUCUUUAGUAACUCAACAAAUAUUAAAAGGGAUAACUCAUAAAUUUAAGCCCAUUUAUCAAACAUUUUAUUUUGAUAAGAGAGAUUUAUUCCCUUUCUCAAAAAUAUCCAAAACGUAUGAUGGAAGGUAUAUGAAUCAGUUAAAUUUUUUUGGUAACAAUUUUCAAAAUUUCCUGAACAAUUUAAAUAUUUUGCUGAUCGGGUCAGGUGCUCUAGGUUGUGAAUUUUUGAAAUUGCUCUCCUUAAUAGGAGUUUCUUCAUCUAUAAGAAAGAGAAAAAUAUAUAGCGUAAGUAAAGCAGGACAUGAACAAAACAAUGAACAAAGGGUUGAAACAAAAAAAGAGGAAGACAGUUCAUUAAAAGGUGAAAUAGAACAUAGGAAGAUUAAAAGAGGAGGUAUUAUUCAAAUAGUUGAUUAUGAUCUCAUUGAAGAGUCAAAUUUGACUAGGCAGUUUUUAUUUACAACAAAAGAUAUAGGAAAGUUAAAAUGCCAAGUAGCUGCAGAUAAUAUUAAAAGAAUUAACGAGGAUAUAAAUUGUUUAUUUUUGAAGAUGAAGGUGGAUGAGUCGGUAUUGAGUAACAGGGACUUGCUGUUAAAGCAGUUUUAUGUUGAAGAGGAGAAAAGCAAAGUUCAGGACGUUGAAAGAAAAAACAUGAACGGUGCAGCUACAUUAUUUACCCCUUUUGAAAAAGGGAAAAAAAAAAAAACAGUUUUGUGCAUAUUAUGUCUUGAUAAUUUGAAGAGUCGAGUUAUUUGCGAUGAAUUUUGUUUAAUAAACUCUCUUCCAUUCAUUGAGACAGGUAUAGAAGGACUAAAGGGAAGUAGUCAGAUUAUUAUGCCAUUUUCAAGCGAAACGUACUCAAGUAAUUCUUAUGAUAAAGAAGGGAAUGAGGAAAAGAGUAACUCUUGCACGAUCACGUCGUUUCCAAAAAAUCAUAAACAUAUCAUCGAAUUUAGCAAAAGUGUAUAUAAUAAUUUUUUUUUUGAUAACGUUUUAAAAAUGAAUUGUUUUUUAAACGAUCCAGUAUAUUAUUUUGGACAUUUAUGCAAUUAUGAUAAUAUAAGCAAUUUAGUGCAUUUCUUUAAUUUAACUAAAAUUUUUUUUAAUUUAAAUUUUGAAGAAAAUGUUCAUAAAUUAUGGAAUUCCAUUUUUGUAAAUAAUAUUAUUAACCUUUUAAGUAAUAAUAAAGAGGAUAUACUGAAAUAUUAUGAUGGAAAUACACAAAGUUUACCUCAACCUAUAUAUUAUAAUAAACAGAAUAAAGACCAUUUAUUGUUCUACAAAUGUGCAAUUAACACUUUUAAAAAGGUCUUAAAAAAUUUAAUGAAAAUUAAACCGGACAUGAUAGAUCAUAUAUUUUAUUACAAAAAUUGGGGAGAUAAAAAAAAUGGCAGUAACAGCGUGGACCUUCAGAUUGCCUUAACAAAUUUAGUGGAAAAAAAUGGCCUAGUUAUAAAUUUGAAAAAAUUAUUUUACUUUUUAUCAGUUAUAAAAAAAAAUACGAAUUUAAAAUUUUAUGCCAUUAUUGAAAAGGAGUUAUAUGAUUUGUUUAAUAAUCCUCUUUUUAUUAUGUCAUUGAUAUAUGUUCAGAAGAGGAAUGGGAAGGCAAAAUAUGUUGAUGAAAAAAAAAUAAAACAAAAGGAGCAAUUUCCCUUUUUUACUCCGCUCAUUUGUAAUCUGGAAGACAACAAGGAUGAUAUUAAUUUUAUUUUUAGCAUUACAAAUGUAAGGAGUGAGAAUUACAACUUUUCCAAGCUAAACAUUUUGGACUUUUUUAAAAUUUGCAAUAAUAUUAUUCCGUCCAUUGUAACCGUUGUGUCAAUGAUUGCUUCCCUGGCAAUGUUCGAAUUUUACAAAGUAGCAUAUUUUUUAAAAUUAAGUGAAUGUAAAGGGGAGGAGGAUCCAUCGAACAGACCCGUCUGUAGCAAUAAGAGAAAUAUCGAGAAAACAAGAAAAAUGGCAAGUGAGAUGGAAAAAAUGGCAGAAAUAAAAUUCUGUUUGAAAAAACUCUUUUCAAACCACCCUAAUGAAACAGUGCGUGUGGAGAAAUUCAAAAACUUGAAUAUACGUGUAUAUAAAAACAUAAUAUAUGUACAAAAAGGCAACAAGACUUUAUUUUACUUUUUUAACAUCGAAUAUGACAAAUUGGCAAGGAUAUCUUCUUUACUUAGUAACCAAUAUAUUAAUUUAGGAGAUAACUUUUUAACGAAAUGUGAAUUGAACAGGUUGUAUACCACAUCCUAUGAAAAUGCUUCAAUACCUUUAUUAAAAAAUGUUAAAUUUACAUUGUGGAAUUAUAUCUAUAUCGAUAUAUUUCGUAAAAAUAAAAUUAAUAAUAAUAAUCAAAAUAAUCAAAAUUGCACGUUGGGAGUUUGCGGUUUUCCUUCUUAUAUUUUUACCAAUCAGAUAAGCGUUCUUUCAAAAGAGGAGAAGAAAAACAUAAAAAAAUACUUGGAUCAAGUUAAUAAAAAAUUGAAUAACUUAGAGAAAGUGCUACGUAUUGACAAACCAACAGGAGUAGACACAACAAAUAAGGACUUCAUAAAUGAAAAGGAAAAAUAUGCAUAUAGUAGUAAAAACAAGAUUACCAGAGAACAUAUUGAUAAGAUAAUAAAAGAAAUCGAUUUAAUUUUUACCUUUAUGGACAAUGAAAUAUAUAAUAAAUAUAUAUCCAAUGUUACAUCUGAUAAAGCGUUUUUGAAUUAUGUACAAGCAAAUAUGUGUUAUGUUAAGAAAAAGAUCCAAUUAAUAGAAGGAGGACAAGGGAUUGGUAAAGAAGCAUGUACAACUGUACAAAACGAUUUAGCAUAUAUCACAAUGACUGUUAAAAAUCUACAAAAAAACAUAGAAGAAAUAAAAAGUAACGUGCUCCUCUUUUUUAGUAUUAACAAUACAGAAGAAAAUAAAAAAGAUAUAACUUUAGACGAGUUUGUAAGAUCUGUUGAACAACUAUUUAAUGUUACCAUUCAGACAAUAGGUGUGAAGGAUAAAAUUAUUUAUUCGAAUUUCCAAACUGUUUCUUCAUCUUAUUGUAAACAAAAUUAUUUAUAUGAUAUUUUACAUGAAUUAUUUAAAGACCAACAGGACAUGAAAACAUUCGUUUUGCACAUUUUUGCAACAGAUAAUGUUACCAGAGCAGAGAUUGUUUUACCUGACGUUCAGGUAAAUGUUCACUAUCACACUUAG